AUGGGUAUCUGGAGAGUGCUGGAUGCUCGCCAAUCAAGGAGUAAAGACGAACUACUAGACCUUUACAUCCAGGCAUCCAACGAGAUAACCAAGUGGCACGAUACCUGGGUCGAUAGCCAUCAUGCUGUUGAGUACUGUAUCAAGCUCCUUGAAGUAUCCGAGAAGGUAUACGGCAAGGACCACUCUCACAACUUCGCAGUUAUCAACCAGCUGGCGACACUAUGCCUUGACCAUGAGAUGUGGCAAGAAGCUCACAGUCCCUACCUUCGCUCUCUUUUUGGCAGACUAAAUACCCUAGACGAAGAGCACAAAGACACCCUGAUAACCCUUCAGGGGCUUGGAGCCGUCAAAGCCAUACUAAAGGACGCCUCACAGGCAAGGCCUCUGCUCGAACGGGCUGAUAUAGGUUUUGAGAACCUGAAAACGCCCCCCAAGGACAAGACAAUAACGUUAUUGACUCUCAAUUCCCUUGCUACAGUGUAUUUUGAGCUGGGCAUGUUCCACGAUGCAGAAACUCUCUUGCCUUGGAUACUCGAGAUCACGGAUGAACUUCAAAAGCAGCACUGCGAAUAUGGUGGGAAGGCACUGAGAUUGCUAGCCGACUUUUACACCAAGAACCACUGCUAUCAAAAAGCAAUGGAGGUUUUCAAAUCGCUUGUGGGCCAAUACAAGGCAUUAAAAACCUCGACCAUCGAUAGCAUGUACAUUCUGAGUAAAGCGGGAGAUUGUUUCAUGCGCCUUUGUAGGCUUGAUGAUGCCGAGGAUACGUUCAAAUUGAUGGCUCUCAUGGCAAGUUCCAAUAACACCCCAGCAUACCAGGUUUACCAAUCGCUAUCAGCUGAUUUCCUUAGAGAUAUCCGUGAUAUCAUGCAAGAAGUUGCUCGUGAACGAGACUCCUGGGGGCUAAACAAUCCCCUUGAAUGCCAAUGCGGUAAAAAACAACACGGAUUUACCAGGUCUGCGGCGCAAAACACUCUUGUUCAACAAAAUGCGAACUGGCAAAGGACCACAUAUACUCCAACAGUCAGCCCAGCCCAGACUCCAAUAGUGAAGAUUAUUAGCGAGCUUUGCCUCAGACCCGACAUUCAUAAGGAAACCGAAGCUCAUUUCCUCGAGCUUAUAUUUUUCAGCGAGUCCGAGUUCCCAGCGAUUCGCAUUUGGAUAGACCCUUCGAAGGUGGUUUCUUUUGGUUUCAUCCCGCCCGACAUUAGGAUCUCCCUUGCAAAUGACCCAUCUCUUCCGUCCAUCGAGGCUAGGGAACUGCAGAUUCUGCCUAUUCUUGAAGGAAAUCGGGACAAGUACUUGACGGCGGCGAUGGGCUCUGAGCCGAUGGCCUCUCUAACCAAGAGGUAUACUAAAGAUACUGGCAUUCAUAAGAGCCCAGAUAUGCAGUUCCCUGACCAAGACUUGUCUGAUUAUUCGCAGAUGACUUGCACUCUUAUGUUAUUAACUUUGAUUCGACUAGUACACAUCUCCAAUGUACCCAUUGGACAUUAG